UCGGACGUUUGUUUACAUUCCUCUCUCGGAAUGCCUUCGUGAUGUCACAGGAGCCAAACGUUCGAUCUGGAGUUUUGAAAUGAACUCCUGUUCUCUUUCCAGUGGGCGUCUGGCGCGUGUUAAUAUUUCGCGAAAAGACGAGGGGCGAGCGUUUUUAAAUCCACGCGACACCACACGCACGCCCACUGCGCGCGGACAUUCUGAAGCCGUCUAAUCUCCGGCAGCAAAACUAAAGCCGUUUAGGGAUCCAUUUAGUGAUAAGCCCGAGAGCGAACAUGGAUGGAGAGGAAUUUGCAAUGACGAGAGCGAUGCUGACCGGAUCUGUAUGGCUGCUCUGCUCCCGUGGAAACUAGAAGAGACCAACAUCGCGCGCGUUGUCAUUAAUAAACCUUGCCAACCGCUGAUAUUUACCAGUCUCCGACUUUUUAUAUAUUUUUUUAGAAUCCACGUCUCCAGAGUUACGCAAACAUGGGCAAAGACGAAUGCAAAACCAUGUUGGACGCCCUGAACAAAGUAACGGCUUGCUACAGGCAUCUGGUGAUUGCUUUGGGGAGCACGUCGGAUUCUCAAAACCUACGAGAGGAACUUAAAAAGACCCGCAAUAAAGCCCAGGAGUUGGCCGUGGCCAACAGGACUAAACUGACGACUCUUUUGAAAGACAAGAGCAUCAGCAAAGACGACCGCGCCGAAUACGAGCGCCUCUGGGUGCUCUUCACCAGCAGCAUGGAGCUCCUGGAGGUGGACAUGAAGAGAUCCCUGGAGAUCGGGCAGGAUUUCCCACUCAAAGUGCCAACGAGACACCUCAUCCAAACGGGCAUGACCGGCAGCACCACGACCGUGGCGGCCCGAGCCAUGAGCGUCCAAAACAUGAAAUACGAAGCGGACGCGAACAUCGACACGGCGGAUCUCAAAGAGCUGGAGACCGAGAUUGCACAGGUGGACCAGAUGAUGGAGGAGAUGGAGAUGAAGGUGCAGGUGGCGCAUUGGGCUGUCGAGGCGAAACAGGAAGCGGGCGCCGAGUUAAAAUCCACAGCCAGUGUCGGAAAUUCGUCUGUCGGUGUCAUCUCGAUUUGCGAGGAGGAACCCAAAGAAACGGUGGAAACAGAAACUGACAUGAUGAAAGUAUUCGCAGGCAUUAUAUUCACUGCGGUUUUAUUAAUUGCCGGAAUUCUGGGCUACCUGGUGAUUAAUCUUUGAGUAACGGGUCUGGUUGCAGAUAUGUAGUUUGGCCUGUUUAUCAGGAUGGCACUGACUCAGGGCUUAGAUGUUCGGUCGGAAUGUACAUGGAGGCAGCAACAUGUUGCUUUAGUAGGUCUGUGAAUUUGUGGAGGCAUGAUGUCUUGAUGUCAUGAUGUCAUGAUGCUGGAGAUCACCUCCCCAGCAUUUAGAUGGCAGUGCUAGCAGCUAAUGGCCCAUCAUUCUGAUUACUCUACUAAAUAGAAGGCAACAGAUCAUAAUCAGGAUUUAUGAGCCAAAAAGAAAUUCACUGCAUCACUUGAAACUUAAAGAGGACUUAGUUGUAGCAUAUACAUUCUAUAUGUGUCCUAUACAGAGUAGUAGGCGUAUCAGAAAGUGGACAUUUGGUCACUGGAUGAAGACCCACGACCAACUUGUGACACUUGGACAUCAUCAAAAGGCUCUGCAUAUUAAACCGAUGUUUGUUUCUCAGUUUAUAUUAAUAGGUGACAUAUAUGAGGUUGCUCAUGAUGUCACCCUGUUCUACAGAUGGCCCGUCAUUGACUGUUUGCACUCUGGCGAAAUGGGCCUUACAGUAGAUGUGUCGCUGCAUACUUUGCAACAGUUUCAACAUUUUAGUGUUUGAUUUGUACAUAGGAACUAUACUCAUGUCAUAUUAG